CCAGGCGCCCACAAGCAUACGGUUGCUACGUCACCACCACCUUCACUGUCACCGUGGACACGUAACACAACAUACACAUGCUGCGUGUCAACAUACAGCAGCAGCGGACAAGUGGUGUGACGCCAGAGUAGGGGACAGGACAAGAUGACAGACACAGCAAUGCAGGACGCUGGCUCGGAAGAGCAGACGGAGCAUGAGGACGCACCAGUCUCCAUCUCCACCCCUCAGGAUGCUGAUGAAGGAGAAGAAACGGUGACGGUGGAGGAGGUGGAGGCGCAGCUGCGAACGUCGCAGGCAGAGACUGCGGCCGCCAGGGAAGAGAUCAGAUCCUUGACGCAGCAGCUGGCCACAUCAGUGCCCAGGGCCCAGGCACUCAUGGCCCGCAAGGACCUCGAGCGACGCAUUGAUACCCUCACCAGGGAGAAUCAGGUGCUGACGGAGAGCGUGGAGAAGGAGCAGCGAGAGCGAGAGUGGCUGGAGGGGGAGCUGAGGGCCCAGUAUGAGGCAGCGGAGGGACUGGAGAAAGAGAUGACCAACCUGCAGACCUUCGUCAGGAACCUACACGCCCUCGUCGAGGAGAAGACUAACACACUGGACAUGCAGAAGGAGGAGCGGGAGAACAUGGCGCGACUCCUGGAGGAGGGGAAGGAGGAAGUGAUGCGACUGAAGAAGGAGGCGGAGGGGCGAGCCAGAGUCCUGGCCAGGGUGGAGGCCGCGUACAAAGAAACUCUCAACGUUGUCAAGUUAAAAGAGGAGGACAUAGUAAGGCUGCAGAAGGAAGCGUCGUCAGUGAGACGCCAGUACGAGCAGCUGGAGAAGACUGUACAUCGUCAGGACCAGCGUCGAGCAGACACAGAACUCCAGCUCAAGAACCUCCGUGGCCAGCUCAAGGUGGUGGAGAAGCAGGCGGUGACGGAGGAGAGGCAGAGGCAGAAGGUGACUACUCAAGCUGACAAGCUAAAGCGGGAGAGAGAUAUGUUGCACCGCACCUACGUCAAGACCCUUGGGACUGUACAAAAACACGCGGGGCUGGUGCACAUUAGGGAGGUUGAACGACAGAACGUUGAGAGGGAGCUUACCAAAGCACAUCGUGACCUCAUGAAGCAGGACGGCCUCAUCACUGCUCUGCAACACGCCAGAAACAGGCAGAUGGAGGAGACGGCGCGGGUGGAGGCGCAGGUGGUGGAGAUGGCUGCAGAGGUUGAGACGCAGGGCAGGGAGGUGCAGCGAGCCCUGCACACCCAGGUGGUCACCGAGGCUCACCUACAGCAGACAUCCACCCUCGCUGAUGCUCUCAAGACUGACAACGCCAGCCUCACUAGACAGCUCAGGAACAUCAAGAGCGAGAAAGAGGAGGUACUGGAGGAGUGCAGGAAGGCUGGUUACCUGGUGACCAAACUACAACGUAAUCUCGACACCCGGGACCAUGAUCUCCAGAAAAUUACAUCAGGUAGGUGUUAUAGUAUCAAAUAA